UAUGAGCGUCCUUCUUGCUUGAUCCAGUCCGAUUUUCCAUUUGGCAAACAGACCGCUGGAUUUCUACGAUACUGCACAGAGGGCUUGGCAUCGCGGCACUGUUAACUGAUAUAGUCUUAAAGAUAUCAUACGGAUACGUGCAAAUUAUGGUUUUAUUAAACUAAAUAUUUCUAACUUGCAUUAUUUCGGUUUCUGCGAUGUUCAAGAAAUUUACCUAGACCUUCGGUUUAUGUCUUGAGACGCAGGCAACGGAACGGAAGCUCCAUGGGUAAUUGAUGAUGUCUUUAAGCAGCUUCAAAGGAAUUAUGAAGACUGAAACUGAAGCUUAAAAACCUACCUCAAACCUCUUGCCCAGUGACUUACACUGAGAUGGUGAGUGGGCAAUCCUGUUUUCCACCCUAUGCCAUGGAUGCUCCAGUGUUGACCAGAGGGCUCUUUGCUCUGUUGAUCCUGGCCAUUCAAUUGCCACCGGAAUCAACAGCCAGCUCCCUCAACUGCCACAAAACCUGCGUGUGCGCCAGCAACAUCGUCAGCUGCUCCAGGAUGAACCUGACCAGCGUUCCACUGGCCUUGCCCCGCUAUGCUGCUGUGUUAGACCUCAGCUUCAACAACAUUAGCCACCUGAGAGCCGAGUGGACCCCCAUCAGGCUGAGCCGGCUGCACAGCCUCCUGCUCAGCCACAACGGGCUCAUCUUCCUCUCCUCCGAGGCCUUCCACCACGUCACCAAGCUGCGCUACCUGGACCUGUCCUCUAACGGCCUACGGAUACUGGAGGAGUUCAUCUUCGAACCCCUGGAAAGCCUGGAGGUGCUGCUGCUCUACAACAACCACAUCUCCCAGAUCGACCGCUCGGCCUUUGUGGGCCUCAUGAGUCUGCAGAAGCUCUACUUGAGUCGGAACCAGAUCCAGCGCUUCCCCCUGGAGCUGGUGAAGGAGAAAAGUCGCCUGGAGGCCCUCACCCUGCUGGACGUGUCCUCCAACAAGAUCAAAGUUCUGUCCAUCCAAGAGCUGCAGGUGCUUCCUGCCUGGAUUAAGAAUAGCCUGUACUUCCAUAACAACUCACUGCCUUGCAGCUGUGAGAUGUACACCAUGGUGGCGCUCUGGAACCUCCGUGAGUUCAGCUCUGUCGUUGACUACAGGGAUGAACACAUCUGUUUACUACCAGGCAAGGAGAAGUCGGCCAUCUUGGAUCUGAACAAGCAGCACCUAAACUGUAGCGCAGUAAAGAUCAUGGAUCAGAUCACUUACUUGGAGCAGUAUGUGGUGUUGGAUUGUGACACCAAACAGAAAGACAUGCAGAAGAGUUGGGACCUACCAAAGAAUGCUGAAGUGUCCUUUGAGAACCAAAGCGCUGUGUUGCUUCCUGAUGGCAAUCUGCGGAUCGGCCCCAUCCAGGUGAUGGACUCAGGGGUCUACACCUGUUACGCCGAGGGGGACUCCCAGAACGAGACCCUGUACGUUACAGUGAUGGUGCACAACUUCACCAUGAUCGCAGGUCUGGAGGGCAUGAAGACAGCCUACACCACCCUGGCGGGCUGUCUGGCCAGUAUAGUGAUGGUGUUCAUCUACCUCUACCUCACUCCCUGCAACUGUGUCUGCUGCCCAGGUCAGGGCCUGUCCAAGAGCGCCCCGGGGGACAGCCACUCCUCCACCGUCAGUGUGACCCCCACCAACCAGGAGGCGGGGCUAGAUGGAGAUGAGGGGGGUGCCAAGGUGCCUUUUAACCGGCACAUAGCCUUUCUGGACCCCAAGCACCUGCUGGAGCAGAAUGGAAGGCUCAACCCCAUUGGGGAGGAGGAGGACGAGUGGCACGAGGACAGGAGAGAGGGAGAGAGGAGGAGGUCGGAUGCCGAGUCCAUAAGCUCUGUGUGCUCCGACACCCCGAUGGUGGUGUGAGGAGACCUCGGGACGAUCCCCACCAUCAUAAACUUCAAAAUACUCAGCCUUUUCUAUCAAGCAAAGAUGACUGACUGACAGACUAAACGAAUGACGCUCUCCAUAUGCAUAUCAGUUUAGUAAGUAGAUUUAUUUUGAGGUAACUUUUACACUAACUGUCUUGCCACGAGGCUAACCAAAUGAGGAUCUGUUCUCUCCACCUUCUGUAGCAAUCUUUGUGUUCUAUGUCUUCAAACAUGUCAUAACUGUGCAUUCAAUAUGUUGUUUUGUUUAUGAUACAGUUCAAGCCACAAAUCCAUAAUCAUUUAUCGAUUGACAUGUAGAUGGAAUAUACUGUAUCUGAAUCAUUGUAUCGGAAAUUACAUUGCUCCUGUACUUGCUGCUAGUAAGAUUGAAUCACUAGGCUAAAAAUACCCUCUAUCACUUAGUCACUUGUGUGAGGCUGCUGUGUUGGAAUUCAAGUUUGAUCUUGUGUGUGUGCCUGACAGCCGGAUAGCCCCAGAAGGAGACCAAUGAGUGUUGUAACUUGCCACAGAGUACUUCUCGAGUACCUCUUGCAUCAUUUUACAUCCCCAAAGCAAACAAACAAAUGCCAGCGGCCAAUCGUCUCAUAAACACUGUUAGAAAUAGUAGCUAGUGCUAGUCCAGCUAAUACCAUAGUGUGUCACAGCUGCUGAACAGACUGAGUCACACACUUUGUCCUGUUGUUGUUCACUUGUUGCAGACUGUAUAUCAAUAUGGCUCACAGGCCAAACAUGGUUUCACUCAAAGAAAGAGUAGACACAAGCUUUGGAAAAUAGCUUGACAUUAUACCCACAGUUAAACUUUGAUUUAACCUAACUGUUAAUUGAGGCUUUCAGGUUUCUAGUUUCAAGGAUAAUACUUACUCUGCAGCUAUUAAGUAAACUGCAUUCACUCCAAACUUGAUGAUGCAACUUGACUGACAGCUUGUCCACUUGAGCAUCUCUCCCUCAACCUGAAACCUGUUGCUAUUGUAAUUUAAGUACCAAGCCACACCCCUAGACAGGUUCUCUAUUCUUACAUGAUGAUCUACUUCCACAUAGGGCAUUAGCAACCAUUGAGCUUGUUUUUAAGUGAAUGGUUUAGCCAAUAACAACAGAGUAAUAAUAAUAAUAUAUGCAUACUUUAGACAUUCUUUUUGCAUUUCUGUACAGUAUGUACCCACAGGGUCAUAUCUGAACAUGUACAAUAUUACAGUAAUACUAUACUCCAUACAGUAAUGCUAUCUAUAAGUAUCAAGAGAUUACAAGACAUGUAUGUGCUUGCGUACUAGCAGUUGUCAAUUGUAGCCUGAAUAUAUGAUACAGGAAUUGUAGUAUAACCUACUAUAACCCUUGAUAGAAUUUGGUUAUUGAUAUAGACAUUUAAUAGAAUAAAUUGAUAGUCUUUUUCUGGAACCACUGUGAAAGCUAUUUUCUCUCCAUUAAGAUUUAUCUUGUUAAAUGACUUUUGUUUUGAGUAAUGAGUAUUGUACAGAAUGUGUGUAUCAGUCGUAAUAUCUCCCAUAUACACUUGAUAUUCAAAAACUGUUACAGUGUUAUUUAUUUGUAUCUAUGUAACGUGUCUUUGUUGUAGCCAUUACUAGUGAUGUCAAACCUUUAUCUGUGCCUGUUCCUUUCAUGUACUGAUGUCACUGACAAAUACCCUGUAAAACUUGUGUAUGCUAAACACUGUUAUUUCCCCAAAUGUCUUGUAGAUACAGUGUACCUGUGAAAUAAAACUGAAAUUGCUUAUUC